GAAGGGGUUCGCCUUCAUUUUGCCAAGUGGAGGGGGGAGAAAAAAAGAGGAGCGCAAGGAGAGGCGAGGAGGAGCCGCUCUGCCUUGGGGUAAAACAAUGAAGCAAUAGAGAUGCUUCCCUUUGUGUUCGUCGCCUUGGGCGCGGUCGAAACUACCUGCAGAUCCUCCAGCUGCAGCAACAACAGCACCAAGGACUAUUGCUACAGCGCCCGCAUCCGCAGCACCGUGCUGCAGGGCCUGCCCUUCGGAGGGGUGCCCACUGUUCUCGCCCUUGAUUUUAUGUGUUUUCUUGCACUACUGUUUGUUUUUUCCAUUUUACGUAAAGUGGCCUGGGAUUAUGGGCGUCUGGCGCUGGUGACUGAUGCUGACAGGCAACGGCGCUGGCAGCAGGAGCGAGAGGAACGGGAAUAUGUGGCGUCUGCCCUGCAUUCUGACAGCCAUGAUCGCUAUGAACGUCUCACUUCUGUCUCCAGCUCUGUGGACUUUGACCAAAGAGACAAUGGUUUCUGCUCCUGGUUGACAGCUAUCUUCAGGAUAAAAGAUGAUGAGAUCCGGGAUAAAUGUGGAGCUGAUGCAGUCCAUUACCUCUCCUUCCAGCGACACAUUAUUGGACUGUUGGUUGCUGUGGGUGUCCUCUCUGUGGGAAUUGUGUUACCUGUGAACUUCUCAGGAGACCUGCUAGAGAACAAUCCCUACAGUUUUGGUAGAACAACUAUUGCCAACUUGAAUUCGGGGAAUAAUCUCUUAUGGCUACACACAUCUUUUGCCUUCUUGUACCUGUUGCUGACGGUGUACAGCAUGCGCCGCCAUACCUCUAAGAUGCGCUACAAGGAGGAUGACUUGGUGAAGCGAACCCUUUUCAUCAAUGGCAUCUCAAAGUAUGCUGAACCGGAGAAGAUCAAGAAGCAUUUUGAGGAAGCCUAUUCUAAUUGUACUGUACUGGAAGCACGUCCUUGCUAUGAUGUGGCCAGGCUGAUGUUCCUUGAUGCUGAGAGAAAAAAGGCAGAGCGUGGGAAACUCUAUUUUACUAAUUUGCAGACCAAGGAGAACAUCUCAUCUAUGAUCAACCCCAAGCCCUGUGGUCAUCUCUGCUGUUGUGCAAUCAAAGGUUGUGAAGAGGUGGAAGCAAUAGAGUACUACACCAAAUUGGAGGAAAAAUUGAAAGAGGACUAUAAGAAGGAAAAAGAGAAGGUGAACGAGAAGCCAUUGGGUAUGGCCUUUGUCACAUUCCAUAAUGAAGCCAUUACAGCCAUAAUACUGAAAGACUUCAAUGUGUGCAAGUGUCAGGGUUGCAAAUGCCGUGGAGAACCUCGGGCUUCAUCCUGCAGUGAGUCCCUCCAUGUCUCCAAUUGGACCGUCUCAUAUGCACCUGAUCCUCAGAACAUUUACUGGGAACAUCUGUCCAUCCGUGGCUUCAUCUGGUGGUUUCGCUGCCUGAUCAUCAAUGUGGUGCUCUUCAUCCUACUCUUCUUUCUCACCACUCCUGCCAUCAUCAUCACCACUAUGGACAAGUUCAAUGUCACCAAGCCUGUUGAGUACCUGAAUAAUCCCAUCAUCACGCAGUUCUUUCCCACCUUGCUGCUAUGGUGUUUUUCUGCUUUGCUUCCAACUAUUGUGUAUUAUUCAGCAUUUUUUGAGGCUCACUGGACAAGGUCUGGAGAGAACAGAACCACCAUGCACAAAUGCUAUACUUUUCUCAUCUUUAUGGUCUUGCUGCUACCAUCACUGGGCCUGAGCAGUCUGGAUGUAUUCUUCCGCUGGCUGUUUGACAAAAAGUUCCUGGCUGAGGCUGCUGUGAGAUUUGAGUGUGUAUUCCUGCCUGAUAAUGGGGCCUUUUUUGUGAACUAUGUCAUUGCCUCUGCAUUCAUUGGGAAUGCCAUGGAUUUGCUGCGCAUCCCUGGGCUCCUGAUGUACAUGAUCCGGCUCUGCCUCGCUCGCUCAGCUGCUGAACGCAGGAAUGUCAAGCGGCAUCAAGCCUACGAAUUCCAGUUUGGGGCUGCCUAUGCCUGGAUGAUGUGCGUCUUCACUGUGGUAAUGACCUACAGUAUCACCUGUCCCAUCAUAGUUCCCUUCGGCUUGAUGUAUAUGCUACUAAAGCACCUGGUUGACAGGUACAACCUCUAUUAUGCUUAUCUGCCAGCCAAGCUGGAUAAGAAGAUCCAUUCAGGUGCUGUGAACCAAGUAGUGGCAGCUCCUAUCCUCUGCCUCUUUUGGCUUCUCUUCUUCUCUACUGUACGCACAGGCUUCCUAGCUCUCACAUCCAUGUUUACCUUUGUGGUCCUUGUCAUCACUAUUGUGAUCUGCUUGUGUCACGUCUGCUUUGGACACUUCAAAUACCUCAGUGCUCACAAUUACAAGAUUGAUCACACAGAAGUGGAUGCUGUGGAUGGAAGGGAAAAUGGACAGCCGGCCACAAACCCACCACCAGCUCCUAAAUCAGCUCAGAAGUACAUUGCUCAAGUCCUGCAAGAUUCUUCACCAGAGGGUGACGUGGCAGAAUCCGAGGAGCAAGGGUCCCAAGACGAGGAGCUCAUCAACCCAAAUGGCAUAAACGAUACGGAUUUCCAGUCAUGCGAGGACAGUCUGAUAGAGAAUGAGAUCCACCAUUAGGAAUGUGGGAAAAUGCAAGCAAAGCAGGGGCGUCCCAUGAGCUGGCGAGGCUGCUGCGCACUGUGUGUAUGUGUUCUGUGUGAGCGAGUGAUAGAGAGAAAGGCCAAGAAAAUGGAAAAAAGGGGAGCAUGAGACAGGUACCACCACAGCUCCUUCCUCACCCACCUGACUCCUGUAUUAGCGCUCAUUCCAAGGUGGGGAGCAACCUUGCCAUCAGACAUCAUUCCCUGUCUUCCCUACCCCUGUUCUCUCUCUGUCCUCCUCCUAUGGAAUGGGAGGUGAAUUUCUCUUAUAAGCUACCUACCCCUUAACACCUUCUGGAACCCUAGAAACCCAAGACAGUGGGGAGGAAAUGGCUGUGUACAAUUGCAGCUCUGGCACAACAGGGAGAGGAGCAGAAGUGAGGACAAUCAGAGCCCAGAUGUGGCAAAGUGGUCCUCCUUUUCUUCGUCCUCCUCUUCCAGGGAGCACAUGCCCCAUCCUCCCCAUCACUGUUCUUCUCUCUUUUGUCUAAAAUCAUGGACACUAAUAAGGUAUUAGAUUUUUAAAAGAGCGGAACUGUAAUCAAUGGUACUGGUAUUUUCAAACAAAAGGAGAGCUGGCUUUGAACUUGGCUUGAAUCAGUGAUUCCAGCCAAGCACAGCUGUUUUUAAAUCUGUGUAUACAUUUCCCACAUGCUUGUGCAUCGAUGAGCAUUUUGCCUCCAGUCCCCAGACAAUGCUGGGACAGUUAUGGUCUCAGCCACUCUUAUCCCUCCAGCAAAGGCUGCGCACAUUCAAGUCUAGAGCCAGAGGGAUUGUACAGAAAAGGGCCCUGCUGCCAUGACUGCGAUCCAAUGAAAGCCACGACUGGAGAGUGCUACCUGGCACCAGAGUCUGCCAGUGAGCAGCUGCUAGUGGCAAAUGCAGCUCCUGUGGCAAAAACAAGCCCCUUGCAGGGCGAGGGGAAUGCCAAGAAUUAGCAGGGAAGAUUGUCCAUCCAGUACUUCUCUUUUCUUCCUCUGCUUCCUUCCAUGGCAAACCAACUACAUGGGGGCCCAUAUUACACGUUGCUGGGAUUCCCCAUCUGGGGUACAGUGCAGUUUGGGGUCUGCAGCAUUUUUUGCACAUUUGUUUUAUCUUUAAACCUGACUAAAACCCAAACACUCUCUUUGUCUUGUCUAAUUUCUAGGGAGGCAGAAGAGGGGAAGGGUUGGUUUUUGUACAGUUUGCUAUAGAGGGAGAGACCACUGAAUCCCAGGGGCUGUGAAGCUUCUGAAAUCAUCCAGCUCCACCUCCAAGCUUUGCAUGAUACCUCCUCUCCUGUGCUUUCUCUCACAGGCAGCUCACUCUGCCCUGUUUUUCCAAUCUUGCUGCUUUGCAUGCAGCUCCAAGAAACCAUCUUCUUUCUGGCUCAAGGUGUUACUGUCUCCUAAGCUUUCUCUUCAAGGAUUCUUCAAGCAUUAUCUUCAAAUUCACAUCUUAUCACUGUAUUUGUCUCCUUUGCACAUACGUUUGGGAGAGCUCCUGUGUUCAAGCACAAUAGGGCAUUGUUUGGUUUGUUUAUUCCUGUUCAAUUGGCAAAUAGAUCACCUUGCACCAAUUUCUGAAGGCCCUUUCAAUAAAUCUGCUUGGGAAGAUACUUUCAGCCUUGCAGGGAGAUGACAAAUAGAAGAGAUGUAGAUGUUACAAGCAGCAGUUCUGGCUCAAAUGGCCAGCUAUUCAAGGGUGCAUUCGGGGGACCCAGGGAUUUUAGACCAGAGUGUAUCAACUCCAUGAGUUGAAUACUCUUCUCAGACAUGGACGGAGGGCUCAGUUUCUGCUGCUUAAGUGUCUUAAUGUUUGCCCUCCCUUCAUCUCCACCUCUUUGUUCCUUGUCUGCAAGAAGCUAUCCUUGAGGGAUGCUGCCAGUGUUACCAGAAGCAGAGACCCAACUGUCUCCAAAUAGGAUACAAGGUGUUUUUGUUUAUUUUAGCUAAGGUAUUUUAUAAACCUGAAUGAAGUCACCAUCUUUUCUAACACUGGACAAGGCUGUGUACCUCCAUAUGAUGCACCCUAGUUAAAACGGGGGAGCUAAUACACACAGUCACAAAUAUAGCCAAGACUCUGCUUGGAGCUUUUUGACUAAGACCCUAGAGAACUGGGAGAAGGAGAUGGACUUCAUGUGCCCUUCUAGGCGGAGAUGUGAGGAUCUGAGGAUGCCCUCAGGAGCUGAGCCAUGGCUUGUGGUGGGUUUUGUAGUGGGUUUCCUUUUCAGGUGUUGUCUGGGACUUGGUUUGGGGGGACGGGGGAGAAGCCUGUGUUUAAACUGUUUCUUAUUCUUUCCUUGCCAUCAUCACCACACAUUCAGCCACACUGCUGCUGAAAUGCACGUGGAUUUUAUUUUAAUUGUUUGUCCUGGGAUGUUUUUUCUGAUACAGUCUAGAAAUAGUAUGUGUUCCAUGCCAGGGUUUCCUCUCCAUCUCUGUACUGGCCCCUUGGCGCCAUAAUUUCUAAGCCCAGCCACCACUGCCCUACCUGCAUCAGCCCCACAGCCUCAACUUGGGAUGGCUCUGAUCUCUCUGUACAUACAGCCGCAGGACAGGGCUGGCUUACUUGUGUGGUUAGUGGAUGGGGUUGGGUGCGGACCAUUGGCCCCAUCCCCCCCUUUUGCAGGGAGCUGUGUUCUAACUGGCACUGUGUCUGUGUAGAGAUGUGUAUAAUACUCUGUAUAUAUUUGUGUAAAAAAGAAAAAAAGAGGAACUUAUCAUA